UGUGCAGUUGAGUUCCUACGGAAGACAUUUGGACGCGCACGGCUGUUUAUAUCAAACUAGUUCCGGGUGUCAACAGCUAGGUGGCAAGCGUUAGCCGAAGCGAGCUCUCUACUUCACAUUCUACUGCAGUGUGGAUUAACAGAAAAUCCAGGACAGAAUGGAUGGUGAAGAGAAAACCUAUGGUGGCUGUGAAGGCCCAGAUGCCAUGUAUGUGAAACUGAUCUCUUCAGAUGGCCAUGAAUUCAUUGUGAAAAGAGAACACGCCUUGACGUCUGGAACUAUCAAAGCCAUGUUGAGCGGGCCAGGUCAAUUUGCUGAAAAUGAAACCAAUGAAGUGAACUUCAGGGAGAUCCCAUCUCAUGUGCUGUCCAAGGUCUGCAUGUAUUUCACCUACAAGGUCCGUUACACCAACAGCUCCACAGAAAUACCCGAAUUCCCCAUCGCUCCGGAGAUUGCACUGGAACUGCUCAUGGCUGCAAACUUUUUGGAUUGCUAAAAUGAUGAAAAGAUAAUGUAGCGGCUUAAAACAUUUUUAGAUUUCUUUUUUCACUAUUUAACUUGUUUUGCCAUGUACAUCAUAUAAAACCAUGAAUGAAAAUGUCAUUAUGAGAUGUAUGUUAAAAUUUCUUUUGCACCUGGCAUUCUGUUCGCAUUUUAUUAAUAAUAAAAUAUUUCAUUUUAAUAUAAUAAAUGGAUAUGGAAGGUUGCACCAGUUGCCCCAGAAUGUAAAAAAAAAAAAAAAAAAAAUGUGGUUACCCCUUAGAAAUCUUUCCUCAGCUAUCCAUCUUAAUAAAGACUUGUUUGGUGAGUGCCUCGGUGCUAA